AUGGCCUAUCUCUACCCACAGGGUCCUGUGGCGGUGGCAGCAAUGCAUACGGACCUUGUGCAGGGUCGUGUGGUCUUUGAGGAUGUGACCAUAUAUUUCUCCCAGGAGGAAUGGCGUCUCCUUGAUAAGGCUCAAAGAUGCCUGUACAGCGAUGUAAUGCUGGAGAACUUUGCACUUUUGUCGUCAGUAGGUUGCUGCCAUGGAGCUGAGGAUGAUGAGGAGUCACCUUUAGAGCAAGCUGUUUCUGUAGGAGUGUCACAGGUCACGGCUCCAAAGCCAGGUUUGUCUACCCAGAAGUCCCAGCCCUGUGAGACAUGUAGCUCGCUUCUGAAGAACAUUCUGCACGUGACUGAACCUGAUGGAACACAACCUGAGCAGGGCCUGUACACAUAUGCAGUAGAACUUUACCUGCACCAAAAGGAGCAGAUUAUAGAGAAACUCUCCAGAGGUGGUGAGGCGAGGCCUUCAUUUUUUAACAGUGUUCAUUUGGCAGAGAGAAACUUUUCAUGCACGGAGGGUAGCAAGGAUUUUACUGCCAAUUCUGACCUUCUGCAGCAAGAGGCCCUUCGCUGUGCAUGGAAACCACACAGGAACACCCAGGGCACAGAAGACUUUCAAUAUGGACAAAAUGAUUUUAGUUGCAGCCAGUGUGGGAAAGACUUUUGCCACCAACAUAUGCUUUUUGAACACCAAAAAAUCCAUGCUGGAGAAAAGUCUUUCCAGUGCAGUGAAUGUGGGAAAUUGUUUAGAUACAACUCCAACCUUAUUAAACAUCAGCGGAAUCACACUGGAGAAAGGCCUUUUAAGUGUAGUGAAUGUGGAAAAGCCUUCAGUCUCAAAUAUAAUGUUGUUCAGCACCAGAAAAUACACACUGGAGAAAGACCCUAUGAGUGUAGUGAAUGCGGGAAAGCCUUCAUUAGAAAAUCUCACCUGGUCCAGCACCAGAAAAUCCACACUGAAGGUUUCUUUUCCAAAAGAUCUGACCUUGUUCAACAUAAGAGAAUUGACAGGAGACCAAGGCCCUAUGAGUGCAGCCAGUGUGGGAAGGCUUUCCUUACACAGGCUCACCUUGUUGGUCACCGGAAAAUCCAUACUGGAGAACGACCUUAUGAAUGUAGUGAAUGUGGGAAAUGUUUUAUGUAUAGUUCUACACUCAUUAGACAUCAGAAAGUUCACACUGGAGAAAGACCUUAUUAUUGCUGUGAAUGUGGAAAGUUUUUUAUGGACAGCUCCACACUCAUUAUUCACCAGAGAGUUCACACCGGAGAAAAGCCUUACGAAUGCAAUGGAUGUGGGAAAUUCUUUAGAUACCGUUCCACAUUGAUUAGACAUCAGAAAGUUCACACUGGAGAAAGGCCUUAUGAAUGUAGUGAAUGUGGAAAAUUCUUUAUGGACAGUUCCACACUCAUUAUUCAUCAGAGAGUUCACACUGGAGAAAAGCCUUAUGAAUGCAGUGAAUGUGGGAAAUUCUUUAGGUAUUGCUUCACAUUGAAUAGGCAUCAGAGAGUUCACUCUGGAGAUAAACCUUAUGAGUGCAGUGAAUGUGGGAAAUUUUUUAUGGACAGCUCUACACUCAGUAGUCAUCAGAGAGUUCACACUGGAGAAAGGCCUUUUGAAUGCAGUAUAUGUGGAAAAUUCUUUAGGUAUCGCUCCACACUUGACACACAUCAGAGAGUUCACACUGGUGAAAGGCCUUAUAAGUGUAGUGAAUGUGGGAAAUUCUUCCGGCACAACUCAAAUCAUAUUAGACAUCAGAGAAAUCACUUUGGAGAAAGAUCAUUUGAGUGCACUCAAUGUGGGAGAGUCUUUAGCCAAAAUUCCCACCUUAUCCGGCACCAAAAAGUUCACACUAGGGAGAGAACUUACAAAUGCACCCAGUGUGGGAAAUUUUUCAUGGACAGCUCCACACUUACUAGUCAUCAGAGAGUUCAUACCGGAGAAAGGCCCUAUAAGUGCAGUGAAUGUGAGAAAGUCUUUAGAUACAACUCCAGCCUCAUUAAACAUCGGAGGAUUCACACUGGAGAAAAGCCUUAUGAAUGCAGUGAAUGUGGGAGAGUCUUUAAUCAAAACUCUCACCUCAUUCAACACCAGAAAGUUCACACCAGAUAACCUAUAUGUAAAACAAAUGUUGAAAGUCUUCACAUAGAAAUCUGUUCUGAUUUUGCACUGGAACUCAACAUUUUUUAAAAAUUUGUAAAAUACAGAUAAUAUAAAAUCUAACAACUGUAUUUAAAUGUACGGUAGUGUUAUAUCAUUCAUACUGUUAUGCAAUAAAUAUUUAGAAGUUUUCAACUCAAAGUUAAAACUCU